ACGCGUCAUUUUGCGCCGACAUGUUGGACGAACGCGCGUCUGGGCACGGCCUACUAGCAUUCGCUCUCGUCUAUCUUACCUUCUUCCUUGAUAAUGUUCUCCUGACAGUGCUUGUUCCAAUAAUCCCGGACUGGGUUCGCGGCGAGUCUCUAGCACUGUGGGCCACCCACAACGCUCCACUUGUCAAGUUUCUUAACACAACUGUGAAUAAAAUUACCACCGCUGAUGAGGAUGAGGGUGUUGGGGCCUCGCAGGCGCUAGUGGGCGCGGUGCUGGGCGCCAAGGCGGCUGCGCAGCUGCUGACGGCGCCGGCAGCCGCGUGCGCUGUGGCCCGCCGCGGACCUAUGCCUGUGCUGCGGGCUGCCACCGCACUACUGGCGGCUGCUGCAGCAGUGUUCGGGUGGUGCGCACGUCGCGGCAGCGGUGCGUUGGCAGCGGGUUUAGGCCGCGUGGUGCACGGUGCGGGCGCGGCUCUGGCCGGCGUGUCGGGAAUGGCCGUGGCUGCGUCAUUACCAAACUUGCGUUGCAACGCUGUGGCCGUGCUCCUUGGUGCAGUUGCACUGGGUGUUUUGGUGGGAUAUCCUUUUGGAGGCUCCGCGUACUUCCUGUGGAGUCCGGCAGCACCUUUCCAGCUGAUAUGCUUCGCGUUAUUAUUGGAUUUUGUUUUACAGUAUGCAUUUUUGAGAGAAGAUUGCCAAUAUCAACUCCAGUGUAACCGGGACAACAACAACCAAGCCAGACCGGAGUCUAUAUGGGCGGUGUCUCGGCGCGGAGGAGCGCUGGAGUGUGCGGGCGCGGUGCUGCUUACUACCAGCGUGAUGGCCGCGUUGGAGCCCUGCCUGCCGCUCUGGAUGCUGGAAAAGUUCCGCCCGGAGCGCUGGCAGACUGGCGCCGCUUUCCUACCAGAUAGUCUGGGCUACCUGAUCGCCACCAGCUCGCUGGGCGGCGUGACGCGGCUGGUAGGCGCCGAGCGAGUGGCUCUAGUGGGUCAGGUCACCGUCGGCGCGGCAGCACUAGCAGUUCCAUACGCAACUACCGUGUGGGGCCUGGCGACGCCGCAGCUGUGCGUUGGGCUAGGUUUGGGUGCAGCGGACGCGGCGCUGGCGCCCGCUCUGCUGGCCCGCAGGCCGCGUCGCGUUCCUCAGCUGGCUGCGCUGCUGCAGGCCGCCGCCAGCGCCGCCUAUGCACUCGGUCCAGUGGUGGGUGGCGUACUGUCAUGGUGUGUGGGGUUCGAGACGGCGCUGCGGGCGCUCGGUGUCGCCAACCUGCUGUACGCCGCGCUACUCUACCGAGCCCUCACCGCACAUCCACUCUCACCACAGUGGGGCGCUGGGACACCUACUGACGACGAUAGCGAGGAAGAAGCGGCAGAGCUCACUCCGCUACGCUAGCGCCCCCAUGCACGCGCGGC